UUGUCUUACUGUUGUUCGUUCACGUGACAUAACAACCAAGAUGGUGGAGAGAGCUGAGCAAAAUGUUCCUUAUUUGCUCGGUUAUCUUCCAGCUUAUCGCCAAUGCUAAUGGUGAUGAUACAGUGGCUGUUAAAAUUGUCGAGGAGCCAGCAAAUUAUAGAGGCUCGAAUGCAUUCUCACAACAACAUUAUGGCUCUCAUGAGAAAGUACUCACUCCACGCGUUGAGCCAAUUCCAUUUUCAGGGCCUCUGCAUCUUAUUUCUUUGAAUGGGAAGUGUUUUUCGCUUACAGAGUAUGGAUACAAGUACGAAUUUUGCCCAUUCCACAAUGUGACACAACGAGAGCAAAGCUCAAGAUGGAAUGCCUUCCAUGGGAUUCUAGGUGUGUUCCAGGGAUGGACAAUCGAAAAUAACACCUUUAUUAGCAUGCUGAUGUCUGAAGGAGAUUUCUGUCCAAACAAAAUGGCUAGGCGGACAGACGUGUUUCUGAAGUGUGCAAGUACACCAACCCUCACAUCAGUGAAGGAACCAAGCACUUGUCAUUAUGAGUUGGUAUUAAAUACACCCUUAGCCUGCCCAAGAGAUGCCAUGCUAGUGUUUCCUGCUCUGAGUGAGAAAGGGAAGUCAAGAUGGCUUGAAAUCGAGGAAGCAUUAUGGCGUGAAGAAAUCACCCCCCAAGGCUAUAACAGAGACAGAAGGGAGCUCUUUAUGGACGAGGGUUUUAUAGCGUCAGAAGAUAGGGUGGUCUCACCAUCAGAUACUGCACAAGCGAAGAGCUUUUCUAGGAGAACUAGGGGCCAGUCUAAAGAGAGACAACGAUUUCUUUCCACUGAGCAAUGCACCAAGUCAUACGAGGAGCUCCUUGCUGAAGUCAAACGACUGCGAGAAAUUCUAAACCCAUUUAGCCACGGCGAAACCCCCACUCAAGAGGAAGAUCAAAAGUCAUUCAGCUACGGCAAAACGCACACUCAAGAAGAUGGAAAAAUAACCCAGGAGGUGGAUCAAAAGUCAUUCAGUCACGGCAAAACCCUAUCGAAAGACAAUAAAACAGACAGAAACACGACCCAAGCGGGGCGGCAUGUGAAGCUGGAAAUAGCGAAGAACCAGUACUCUAAACCUGCUGACAAAACUCUCAAAAAAAACACAAUCAAUUAAUCGUGAAAGGGGCCCGGACGGAUCACGAAUGGAAAUGGAAAGGCGAGGGACAUAAAUUGUGAACUUGACUGAAAGCAGUGCUAAGGAUCGUGAAAAAGAUUUUGACUUUGUCCAACUCUUGCGAAAAUGAGAACGCUCUGAUGGAAACUUGUGGAAGCAAUCGGUUCUUAGUUAGGAGUUUAGAAAGGAAUUUUAACCAUUAAAAGCUAGUAAAAUAGUCAUAAAAUCAGAGGCAUAAAGAGUCGCAGGAAGACGGGUUGUAGACAGGACAUCUUUAUAAAUGUACAUCUUUAUGAAUGUAGUCAAAGAAAAUUAUGAUUUUUUUUA